UGGCUUAUUAAAUGUGAACUGGGUGUUAGUUAUCAGAGAAUUUUCAUAUUUUAUUUAUCUCUAACGACAAUAUCGUAUGUUCUUGAUAUUGAAAUGAUUUUUGUUCGGAUUUUAACUCGAAAUAAAUAUACACUUGAAUCAUUUACCAAUUUUCCAAUAUUUAGUUUAUCAUUAAGAGAAUUUUGGGGUCGCAGAUAUAAUCGAAUUGUUCACACAGCUUUAAAAGAAUCAGUUUUUGAACCAAUUCGGUUAGAAUUUUCAUCUCCGACAAUUGGAGCAUUGACAUCAUUUAUUAUAAGCGGUCUUUUUCAUGUUCAUACAUGGCUUGUUGCUUUUGAUGAUAAAUCAUCAUUACUUCCAACUUUUAUGUUUUUCUUUUUACAUGGCAUUGCUUGUUCUAUUGAAACAAAUAUGAAAAUUCAACUUCCUGAACAUGUCGGAUGGAUAAUAACUCAUACAUUUCUUCUUAUUACAUCACCACUCGUAGUUAGACCAUUCAUAGAAAAAGGAUCUCCAUUUUUAAUACUUAAUCCUACACCAUUCAUUAAUGUUGGAUGGAUACCAAAAUUACCUCUACCUAAUUUUUGUCCACGAUAA